GGGGUCGUUCACACCGUCACUGGCUAUAUGCUCUAUACAUCACUGACCUUCAAAUAUGUUUUCGAUUAUCACCAUGACGACGUUUACUGGUGCACUGCAGACAUUGGCUGGAUAACAGGCCACUCCUACAUCACGUACGGCCCGUUAGCCAACGGCGCCACCAGCGUGCUGUUUGAAGGUGUGCCAGUGCAUCCUCAUGUGGGCAGACUGUGGGAGAUCAUUGAGAAGUACGCAGUCUCUAAGUUCUACACUGCACCCACUGCUAUAAGACUGCUGAUGAAAUACGGGAAAGAACCACUGCAGCGGUGAGCGCACA